GCUAGAAACCGAGUUCAACUCUAUAAGCGACGAGACCCAGCUACGCACGAGUCAACUCGAAACGGCACUAGAGGUCGCCACCGACUUCCAUAACAAGGCGGAGCGUUGGGUCACUGCUGGCGCAGACGGAACGCGCCGUCCGCUAGUUCUCGAAACAUGGCAACGGACAAAUCCCAGAUCGAGAUGCAGAUUGGUCAGCAGCAGGCACUCGUUGCACAGAUUUGCGGACAGGGGGCAGCAGUGGAGCAGAUGCAGAAGACGGGGCGGAUGCUCAUUGCGCUCGUGUCCGAGGAUGAUCGCGAGACAAUUGCCAGCCGCCUAGCAGACACUCAGCAGCGCUACGACAAACUAAGGGAUGACUGUCAGGGACAGCAGCAGCUGCUGCAGCAGGGACUCAGGAGCCUGGAGCAGUUCACCGGCUCAGUGCAGGACUUUGUCUCCUGGCUAGACUUGGCCGAGCGACGCAUGGCCAUGUUCACGGCGCCCUCUGUGUUCGUCGAGCCCCUGGAGCGGCAGCAGGAACAAUUGAACACGCUCUACGGGGAAGUGGAAGAGAAGGCGGAGAAUUACAAGCUGGUGAUGAUGGCAGGAGAGGAGGUGAUGAGAAGCACAUCCGGUGAUGAGGCGAUGAAUGUGAAGAACCAGCUCGACAAUGUCCGCCAGCGCUACACGGACUUGUCCAACAGAGGGAGUGACCUGUCGCAGCAGAUGAAUGACGCGCUGUCAUUUGCGCGGCAGUUCCACGACUCGCACAACAACAUCAGUGAUUGGCUCCUACAGGUGGAGCCACAGCUGAAGUCUGCAGACGCCGUCGGUGUCGAGGAACAAUAUCACAUCAUCAAGUCGCUGGAGGCUGAGUUGGAGACAUACAAGGCAGUGAUGGAAGCCAUCACUGAGUCCGGCGCGCGGCUGAUGCAGCUGUCGCCACGAGAGGGCGCUUACUCCAUCAAGGACAUCAUGGGGAGAGACAAGCGGCGCUUCGAGGGAAUUAGCGAACAGAUACAGAAACGCAGCGAGCGCCUGCGCCACUCCCGCGCUAAACUCGGCGAGGUUACGCUGGACGUCGACGACAUGGUCGAGUGGUUCCGCGGCGCCGAGACGGCGCUCACCAGGGCGGAGCCACCGUCGACGAACCUUCAGAAGCUGCGGCGGCAACAGCAGGACCACCGCUCGCUGCACGACGAGAUUGGCCAGCAGAGGGCGCGAGCGAGGGACCUCGCCGUCGCCGCGCGCAAGCUCAUGCAGGAGACGAGUGGCGACGACCAAGAGAGCAUCCGCGCGCGGGCCGAGCAGCUGCGGGAGGCCGGGGCGCGUGUCGCCGCCUUCGCCGCCGACCGCGCGGCCGUCCUAGAGGGGGCGCUACCGCUCGCGGAGACGUUCGCGGAACUUCACGAGGAGCUCGGCCGGUGGCUGACUGCGGCGGAGGACGCGGCUCGCAAGCAAGAGGGCGCCACCGCUACGCUGAGCACGGACGCCAUCAAGAAACAACAGGACACCAAUAAGGUGAGGGUGGAGGUAGGGUGGGAGGAGGGGUGGAGUAGGGAGGAGCGAGGAAGUGCUAGGUAA